AUGGCUACUAAACUUCUCGUACUCUCUCUUUCACUUUGUUUUCUAUUUUUCAGUAGCAGCUUUGCUCGCAGAGAACAGUCUCAACAAAAUGAGUGUCAGCUGGAACAACUCAAUGCCCUCGAACCUGAUAACCGUAUAGAGUCAGAAGGUGGACGCAUUGAGACUUGGAAUCCUAACAACAGGCAAUUCCGAUGUGCAGGUGUGGCCCUCUCUCGUGCUACUCUUCAACGCAAUGCCCUUCGCAGACCUUACUAUUCCAACGCUCCUCAAGAAAUUUACAUCCAACAAGGUAAUGGAUAUUUUGGCAUCGUAUUCCCUGGUUGUCCGGAGACCUUUGAGGAGCCACAAGAAUCUGAACAAGGAAAGGGACGCAGGUACAGAGACAGCCACCAAAAGGUUAACCGAUUCAGAGAGGGUGAUAUCAUUGCAGUUCCUACUGGUGUUGUAUUUUGGAUGUACAAUGACCAGGACACUCCAGUUAUUGCCGUCUCUCUUACCGAUACUGGCAGCUCCAAUAACCAGCUUGAUCAGAUGCCAAGGAGAUUCUAUCUUGCCGGGAACCACGAGCAAGAAUUUCUACGAUACCAGCACCAACAAGGAGGAAAGGAAGAACAAGAAAAUGAAGGCAACAACAUUUUCAGUGGCUUCAAGAGGGAUUUCUUGGAAGAUGCUUUCAACGUGAACAAGCAUAUAGUAGACAGACUUCAAGGCCGGAACGAAGACGAAGAGAAGGGAGCCAUUGUCAAAGUGAAAGGUGGUCUCAGCAUCAUUAGCCCACCUGAGAGACAACCACCUCACCAGAGAGGCAGCAGACAAGAGGAAGAGGAAGAUGAAGAUGAAGAGAGAGGCAGCAGACAAGAGGAAGAGGAAGAUGAAGAUGAAGAGAGGCAGCCGCGUCAUCAAAGGAGCAGAGAAGAGGAGGAAAAAGGAGACGAGAAAGAGCGCCGCCGCCACCACAGCCAAAAAGGUGAAAGCGGAAGGCAUGGAGACAAUGGGCUUGAGGAAACCAUUUGCACUGCUAAACUUCGACAGAACAUUGGUUCAUCUUCAUCACCAGACAUAUACAACCCUCAAGCUCGUAGAAUCAAAACUGUUAACAGCCUGGACCUCCCAGUUCUCAGGUGGCUCAAACUAAGUGCUGAGCACGGAUCUCUCCACAAAAAUGCUAUGUUUGUGCCUCACUACAACCUCAACGCAAACAGCGUGAUAUACGCAUUGAAGGGACGUGCAACGCUACAAGUUGUGAACUGCAAUGGAAACACCGUGUUUGAUGGGGAGCUAGAAGCCGGUCGUGCAUUGACAGUACCACAAAACUAUGCCGUGGCUGCAAAAUCAUUGAGCGACAGGUUCACAUAUGUAGCAUUCAAGACAAAUGACAGAGCAGGUAUUGCAAGACUUGCAGGGACAUCAUCAGUUAUAAAUGAUAUGCCGGUGGAUGUGGUUGCAGCGACAUUCAACCUUCAGAGGAAUGAGGCAAGGCAGCUCAAGUCCAACAAUCCUUUCAAAUUUCUAAUUCCACCGCGUGAGUCUCAGAACAGAGCUUCGGCUUAG